AUGUCAGCCCUCCGGAACGGCGCGAUGAACGGGGCCAAUGGCGCGACGAGUGCGCCGGUCAGCAAACGGUUCUCUGACAUCCCAGCUGCCAUCGACGUCCCGGUUCAAGGCGAAGCCGAGGACGAGGCCGUCGAAAUCGACCUUCUCGAGCUCUUCGACGACCCGACCGAACUCUGCACCCUUUUCGAAAAUGAGCGCGCUGCUCGCACCUACUGGAUGACCGUCUCGCUGGCCUAUGCCAAACAGAAGAAGAUUGACCAUGCUAUCGAAAUGCUGGUUCGCGGAGGAAACGCGAUGCGCGACAACAGCCCUAGAGAGAAGUUGAGCAUGAUUGGAUGUCUCUGCUGGAUGUAUCUUUGGAAGAGUCGUGAGGCUCCGCGCCUGCCACCCGACGGCGAAUUGGCCUCCGAGGCCAAGACGAAGGAAUACUACCUCCAACUCGCGACGUCGACGCUUAACGAUGCGUCCCGAAUCAACCCGGCGUUCCCUCCCCUAUUCCUGGCUCGCGGAGUUCUCCAGCUGCUCCGAGCAUCACUUCAGACACCAAAGCCGGCAGGUCCUGGGCAGGUCGAUUCCGAAAAGGCAGACCUUCUGCGGUCGGCGCUCAAGUCCUUCGAGGAUGCCAUCCGAGUGUCACAGGGCAAGAACAUGUUGGCAGUCAUGGGCAAGGCGAGGACAUUCUUCUCCCUUGGAAAGUACCCCGAAUCAUUGGCGUGCUACCAGGAAGUUCUGCAGAAAAUGCCUGAUUUUGUUGACCCCGACCCGAGAAUCGGCAUUGGAUGCUGCUUCUGGUCACUCGGCUUCAAGGACGACGCGAAGCUGGCCUGGGAGCGAUGUCUCGAAAUCAACCCGGACCACAAAGUCGGCAACAUUCUUCUCGGUCUCUACUACCUCGACGCGAGUGGUCAUAUUCCCACGAACAGCCCCGAGUUCCUCCGUCUCUACAAGAAGGCCAUGACCGAGUACACACAGAAGUCGUUCAAGCUCGACAAGAACAUGCCCCUCACAUGCGCGACCUUCGCAGGUUAUUUCUUGUCUCGCAAACAACUCCCCACAGUUGAUUCGCUCGCACACAAGGCCAUUCAGUAUACGGAUGUUAACGCGAUUGCCAGUGAUGGAUGGUAUUUGCUGGCUCGAAAGGAGCAUCACGCAGGCGAUCCGGACCGCGCAAGUGACUUCUACCGCCGGGCUGACGACGCUCGUGGUGGAUCCGAACGUGGGUACCUGCCUGCCAAGUUUGGUGCUGCUCAGCUGGCUGUCCUCAGGGGCGAUCUGGGAGAGGCAAAGCUGCGUUUGGAGAAGAUCAUUCAACAGUCUAAGAACCACGAAGCUAUGAUCUUGCUUGGUACUCUAUACGCCGAGGAAGUCUUUGCCAAUCAGGACGCGGACGGCAAGGAGGACAAGUCGGCCGAGAUGAAGAAGGCUAUCGGGCUUCUCGAGGGAGUACGCGGCGCAUGGAAGGAUUCCAAGAAGAGUACAUCGCCUGACGCGGCAGUCCUUCUCAACCUUGCUCGCUUGUACGAAAUUGAGUACCCGGACAAGGCUCAGCAGUGUCUUCUCCAGGUUGAGCAACUCGAACUUGACCAAAUUCCUGAGGAAGAUCACCCGACAGACAUCACUGAUGCGGCUGAAAAGCGCGCUGCUCUUCGGAAGUUCUUGCCGCCGCAGCUCCUGAACAACAUUGGCUGUUUUUACUCUCAAUCGGAGAAGCACGAACAGGCCAGCGAGAUGUUUGAAGCUGCUCUUGGUGCUUGUAUGAAGAUUGGCGAAAAGGAUGCGGAAAUUGACACUGAUGCGUUGGUCACUACCAUCAGCUUUAAUCUCGGCCGAAGCUACGAAUCUCGCGGUCUUCUUGACGAGGCGAUUGAAGUCUACGAGGGCCUUCUCAAACGCCAUGACGACUACACCGACGCCAGGACAAGACUGGCAUAUAUCAAGCUCAGAAAGAACCCCAACAAAGAAGGACCGGACGCCGUGGCCAAGCUGUACCAGGAGAACCCGCAAGACCUUGAAGUCCGUGCUCUGUACGGUUGGUACAUGGGCAAGGUGCACUCGCGAAAGCGCCCCCAAAACAUCAACGAGGACCACGAAUUCCGUCACUACAAACACACUCUGCAGAACUACGACAAGCACGAUCGCUAUGCCCUGGUCGGGAUGGGCAACUUGUAUUUGAUCCAAGCCCGAGAGAUGCGCCGUGAGACGGAGAGCGACAGAGCCAAGCGGAGCGCCACGUACAGCAAGGCAGUCGAGUUCUUUGAAAAGGCGUUAUCGCUGGACCCCAGAAACGCUCAUGCCGCUCAAGGUGUGGCCAUCGCGUUGGUCGAGGACAAGAAGGACUACAAGACGGCUCUCGGCAUCUUCGUCAAGAUCAGGGAUACCAUCAAGGAUGCUCACGUUUACGUGAACCUUGGUCACAUCUACGCCGAGUUGAGGCAGUGGACGAAGGCUAUCGAAAACUACGAGACUGCGUUGUCGAAGGAGGGCAAGGCUAAUGACCCGGUCAUCCUCGCCUGCUUGGGUCGCACAUGGCUCAACAAGGGCCGUUCUGAGCGUGACUCGGAUGCAUACCGACAUUCUCUCGAGUAUGCUAAGAAGGCACUUGAAGCCGCUCCUGAGCAGGUACACUACAAGUUCAAUGUUGCUUUCGUGCAGAUCCAGAUGGCGACCAUGGUUUAUGCGUUAAACGAGAACCAGCGCACGACGGCGCAGCUCCAGGACGCUGCUGCCGGGCUGGAGAGUGCGAUCUCGGCUUUGGAUGAGAUUGCUGCCCAUCCGCAAACUCCCUACCCCAAGCAUGACGUUGAACAGCGUGCCAACAUGGCCCGCAACACUCAGCGCAAGCAACUCGAGAGAGCCAUCGCCAGUCAAAAGGAAUACGAGGAGAAGAACAAGGAGAAGCUUCAGGCCGCCCUAGAACAGCGUCAGCUCGAGCUCCGCAAGCGCGAAGAGGAGCGUCAAAAAGCCCUCGAGAAGGAGCGUGAGAGGCAAGACAAGAUCAAGAGAGAGCGAGAGGAGAUUGCGGCAAGGGACAGAGAAAUUGCCGAGCGUCGCGCCGAAGAGGAAAAAGCCCGUCAAGAAGCCGAGAUGACGACUGACGAGGAGACGGGCGAGAAAAUUAAGCGGAAGAAGAAGACGGCGCCCCGAGGUGACGGCGAACCCCGUUCGAAGAGGGGAUCUCGCAAGAAGAAGGCCGAUUCCGAUGGCGAGGAGUCAGGAGAGGAGCGGCCUACGAAGAAGAAGCGCCGCCUUACCAAGAAGGAGUCGGUCAGCAACAACAAGUACAAGUCUGCCGAAAUUGUCGUGGACAGCGACGAUGACGACGACGACGAAGACCCUCUCGAGCGUGCCGAAAGGGCUCUCGAAAAGGCUAGCUCACCACUGUCCGACGCCGGAGACAAGAAUGGAGAUGACGACCAGAUGGACGUGGACAACAAAGACGACGAGGAUGAAGACGACGAUGCCGGUGUCAGCAGACGGCAGCAGAGUUCACGGUCCAGAAGGGGCAGGGUCAUCGAGAGUGACGAGGAAGACGAAGAUAAUGAGGGCCCUACUACAAAGAACGGCGUGGACGCAAACUCAGACGACGAGGACGGUGGUAAGACGCGUACAGCCGCAGAUACCAGCAUGGCAGACGACGAUGACGAAGAGUAG